GUCAUAAAUACGUCAAUAAACUCAUUCACUGACAGUCAGGUACCACAGGAGCCGCCAUAUUCGCAUCUAUUGCAGUGUAGCGGCGUUUCUCUCUGCGAGCGUGCCGUGUGUGUGGUCCGGCCAACAACAACAACAGCGGACUCCCCUCCCUCGGAUCCCCAUCCCGAGAUUGGUCCACAGCCACGCAGCCAGCAUCCCACCAUCGAAGUGUUAUCAGCCCGACUUUCACGGACGAGGGGGAAAAAACAAACAAACAUGCAACGUGGAGAGGGGGUCUAGGUGGAUUACGAUGCCUUAGACUUAGGAAUCCUGGCACAAGAUGGAGGUUAACAGCGUUAGCAGCGAGGUCAAUGGACAUCAGAUCAUGGAUGAGCCCAUGGAAGAGGGAGAGUCUUUCUCAAACUGUGACGAGGGGACGUAUAAGGAGAUUCCUAUCACGCACCAUGUGAAAGAGGGCUGCGAGAAAGCUGAUCCGUCUCAGUUUGAGUUGCUCAAAGUCCUCGGUCAGGGCUCUUUCGGCAAGGUAUUUCUUGUCAGGAAACUCGUCGGUCCGGAUGCAUCUCAAUUAUAUGCAAUGAAAGUAUUAAAAAAAGCAUCUUUGAAAGUCAGGGACAGAGUUCGCACCAAGAUGGAGAGAGACAUUUUAGUGGAAGUUAAUCAUCCCUUCAUAGUGAAAUUGCACUACGCCUUUCAGACAGAAGGGAAGCUGUAUUUAAUACUGGACUUUCUCAGGGGAGGGGAUGUAUUCACUCGCUUAUCCAAAGAGGUUAUGUUUACAGAAGAAGAUGUGAAAUUCUACCUUGCAGAGCUGGCCCUGGCCCUCGACCAUCUGCACAGUCUGGGCAUAGUUUACAGAGAUCUCAAGCCAGAGAAUAUCUUACUAGAUGAAGCUGGACAUAUAAAAUUAACAGAUUUUGGCUUGAGUAAAGAGUCAGUAGAUGCGGAUAAGAAGGCUUAUUCCUUCUGUGGUACGGUGGAGUAUAUGGCCCCUGAGGUGGUCAACAGGAGAGGACACACCCAGAGUGCAGACUGGUGGUCUCUGGGAGUACUUAUGUUCGAGAUGCUAACAGGGACGUUACCGUUCCAAGGGAAAGACCGCAAUGAGACCAUGAACAUGAUUCUGAAAGCUAAGUUGGGAAUGCCCCAGUUUCUGAGCUUGGAGGCCCAGAGUUUGCUAAGAAUGCUGUUUAAACGUAACCCCGCGAAUAGACUCGGCGCCGGCUCUGACGGGGUGGAGGAGAUCAAACGGCACGCUUUCUUCUCCACCAUCGACUGGAAUAAGCUGUACAGGAGAGAGCUUCAGCCCCCAUUCAAGCCCGCAGCAGGCAAACCAGAUGACACGUUCUGCUUCGACCCAGAGUUCACUGCUAAAACGCCUAAAGACUCCCCAGGGAUCCCGCCCAGUGCAAACGCCCACCAGCUUUUUAAGGGCUUCAGUUUUGUAGCCCCGGCCCCGAUGGAUGAAAGCAAGAGCUCGCCGAUGCUCAGCAUUCUGCCCAUAGUCCAGAUGCACGGAGGCUCAGCCAAGUUCUCUGAUCUGUACGAGCUGCAGGAGGACAUCGGGGUCGGCUCCUACUCCAUCUGCAAACGCUGCGUACAUCAAGUUUCUGCCAUGGAAUAUGCUGUGAAGAUUAUCGACAAAAGUAAGAGGGACCCCUCGGAGGAGAUCGAAAUCCUGAUGCGAUACGGGCAGCAUCCCAACAUCAUUACCCUGAAAGAUGUGUAUGACGAGGGCCGGUACGUGUACCUGGUAACUGAACUGAUGAAGGGAGGGGAGCUGCUGGAUCGAAUCCUCAGGCAGAAGUUCUUCUCUGAACGAGAGGCCAGCGCUGUGCUGUACACCAUCACCAAGACUGUUGACUACCUCCACUGCCAAGGGGUGGUGCAUCGAGACCUGAAGCCCAGCAACAUUUUGUACAUGGACGACUCUGGAAAUCCAGACUCCAUCAGGAUCUGUGACUUUGGCUUUGCUAAGCAGCUUCGUGGAGGCAACGGCCUCCUGCUCACCCCCUGUUACACUGCCAACUUUGUGGCACCAGAGGUACUAAUGCGGCAAGGAUAUGAUGCAGCCUGUGACAUCUGGAGUCUUGGUGUUCUGCUGUAUACCAUGCUGGCCGGGUACACACCUUUUGCUAACGGGCCAAACGACACACCGGAGGAGAUUCUUCUCCGGAUAGGUUCUGGAAAGUUCUCCUUAACGGGCGGCAACUGGGACACUGUUUCAGACUCCUCCAAGGACCUGCUGUCCCAUAUGCUCCAUGUAGACCCUCAUCAGCGAUACACGGCCGAGCAGGUCCUCAAGCAUUCCUGGAUCACAUGCAAAAAUACACUACCACACUUCCAGCUCACGCGCCACGACGCGCCGCACCUCGUCAAGGGAGCCAUGGCUGCGACUUACUCAGCGUUGAGUCAGAAGACGAGUCAGCCGGUGUUGGAACCCGUGGCAGCGUCCAGUUUAGCCCAGAGACGCAGCAUGAAGAAGCUCACCUCAACAGACAUGUAGACGCUCGUCGCUCUCCCUCAGUUUUGGCCUCGUACCUAAAGACUCGGAAAACGCCAACGGACGCGCAUGCACGCUCAACCCCCAAGUCUCGGCCAGUUCAAACUACUGUCUGCUUUCCCAGAGUAUUUAUUUGAAUCUACCAUCAGCGCGCCCCCCCCUGACACACUCUCAGACGUCAGAACAGGCAGACGGGAAGCGGUUAAGAAGAAGCGGGAAACUCACAUAUCUGUUACUGCUGGGAAGUUGUAUUUACUUGUAUUUAUUUCCAGAGCUUUCAUAUGCACUCGCCCUCUUCGCCUUUCAUUCUUUCUUCCUGGGUUUGUUGGAAGAAACACACCAGCUGAUGUUCUCCUUCACUGUGAUUGGCUGAUUUGAAGCUGCUUUAUUAAACUGUGUCCCAUUCCCCCACUGCUCUUCAUCUUCACCCUCCUCCCGCUCAGUUGAUUUCAUCUAUAUCUUUUUAACUUAUUUUUUUUUUAGGAUUGUGGCUGUUCUACAGUGCCAGCAUAAAUGUAUCGACCGAGGAGAGUUUCAGAUAAAUAUAUAAAAAAAAGACUCAAUUUCUGUUUUGUUGCAGAUUAAAGCGAUUUCUCAGGAUCAGAAUCAUUAACCAGCACUUUGGGAACCGUCAUGCAUGUUUGAUCAGAACCCAUUUCCUCUCCAUUCACAUUCUUUCCCCCAUUCAACUCACAUGUUUGGUGAAACUUCGUGGAAAAAAAAAAGAAUCACACAAGCUGCAGAAGGAUGAAUGCUCAUGCCAAGACCUAAAGAGUUAGAACAUGGGCUAAUGGUUUUUUUAGACUGUGUUUACAAAAAAAAAGAAAUAAAUGUAUGUGUGGAUAGCUAUGAAGAUGAACAGCAUGUGGGGCAGCAGUAGGGAUUCUCUGGGAGCUGGACACACGGUCAAACCAGAGAUGCUGAAUUACAAGAUAUAUUUCCAUGGAUAUCUCUUCAAAAAAAAGACAUUGUUGAAACUGUAUAAUAUUGUAUUUAUUUCAUUUGAUUUUUAAAAUUCUAUUUUUCUUUCAAGUUCUGUAUAUAUUGACAUUAAAGAUCAUUAUUGACAUGCACAA